UUGUACAACUUCGAGCGGUCUAUUCCUCCUCAUAAUGAUGUUCCAGAUCGCUUUCAACUUGAUGCUCAAGUUCAACAUAAACUCGAUUUCGUCAAAGAGCACCUACCCAAAGCUCAAAAAAUCUAUAUCCUAGGUCACAGUAUAGGAGCAUAUAUGAUGCUGAGAAUACUUCCUUAUGUAAAAGAUGACUUCAAUAUAAGAAAAGCAAUUGGACUGUUCCCCACGGUUGAAAAAAUGGCCGAUUCUCCGAAUGGUGUACGACUGAAGCGAGUCCUUGCAGUGCGUUUGUUUGUUUUUUUUUCCUUUCAUGGGACUUCAUUUUGUACAGACCCAAAUUAUUUCGGGCUUGCGCCAGAUAAAUGCCAUUCCCUCGUGAUUCGAAGUGGCGCUUUCAGUGCACCUCCUCCCCAAAAACAAACAAGUUUCUUCUGGGACACGAUCCCCUAA